UCGCGGGUAUGUAAAAAAAUAAUUGACGUGUAUAAAAAAAUAUCCAGCAGUGUGUACAGAAAUCUAAGAAAAAUCAUAUACAACAUAACAAUGUAUAGUUUAGGAGGAUUAUUGAAACUGACAAUCAUAUCGAUGUCUGUGAUAUUGUAUUUGCCUGUACCUAGUAGACUGCGAUUGCGCGUUUUCCUCCCCGAUGGAAAAACUGGGACUGGGGUCUACCGAGAGAUCGCUCAAUAUUCAUCCCCCUGGUCUUUUCGUCCAGUAGCAGCGAGCAGCGAGCAGCAACCAGCUACCACCAGAUUCACCAUCUCUCCAGUUAUAGUUAACUGCGUCUUUCUUAGUCGCUGCGACAAUUUUUUUAUUUAA